AUGGAUCCAGAGAAGGUAUCAGCACUCAAGAAUUGGCCCGUACCAACCAAUGUGCAUGACGUUAGAAGAUUUCUAGGCUUCACUGGGUAUUACCACCGUUUUGUGAAGGAUUUCUCUCGGAAUCCAAGACCCAUCAACGAGCUCUUGACAGACCAACCAAAGAAGAAGAGACGAAGCUCUAAACCUGAUCCUAACUGGAAGUGGAAUGAUGAGCAACAAAAAGCUUUUGAUGUCCUCAUCCAGCGUCUCACUUCACUGCCAAUCUUAGCGUAUGCUGAUUACACUCUCCCCUUUGAGGUCCACACCAAUGCCAGCGCUGGGACUGGGAGCAGUUCUCUACCAGAAGCAGCAUGA